AUGAGGGGCCGGUCGCCUCCGCCGUUCGACCGCCGGCGCUCGCCGCCCUGGAGGGACAGGCGGCCGAUGGGCUCGCGCGACAGGCGGCGGUCCAGGAGCUUCUCGCCGCCGCGCCGCCCGUCGCCGACCUACAAGAGGUUCCGCCGGGAGGACGACCACUACGACAGAUACGAUCGCAGGAGCCCCAGGAGGGGGGGCUACGACAGGGACCGCUACGACAGCAGGGACUCGCACAGAGGCAGCUACAGGCGAGGAGGCAGCAGGGAGCGCGACUUCCCUGACUCAUACAAGGAAUUCAUGCUGAGACUGCCCGAUGACAUCAGCCCUGAGGGCGCAGCCAAGCGAUACCAGGAGUAUCUUGGGAGCUGGUGGGGCUCAAGGGCAAAAGCAGACUUUGAGCAGAAGAAGGGCGAGCAGUGGAUGAGGGAUAAAUACGAUCCAAGAGUUUUCUCUGAGGCCAUCGAACGGCGCCGGACGCAUGCCCUUGAGGUGGCACUGAAGUUUUCAGAGGACUUGAAAUCUGGGAACUUGGACCCUGCUGCCAAAGAAUUCAACCAAGGUGCAGGGCCGGGUGCUCCCAAGCCUGACAAGGCAAGAGGCGACACCGGAGCCGAGGCCAAAACUGGUGAGAAAAAUGGCGCUGGAGGCGGAGAGGCGGGUGCGAGCGACACUGGGGGCACAGAUGGCUUUGUGGGGUUCGCACCUGCUCCUUGCUGGAGGUCAGACAGGGUUCGGAGUGACCUGAAGUUGAGCAGGGAGCUAAUGGCUAAGCUUGACAGUGAGAGAGGAGUGGAAAACAACCCUCUGUUUGUUGAAGAGGUCAGCAAGGGCCGCCUGCAGUCUGCCGAAGAGCCACAUGCUGAUGGUGCAGUGAAUGGGGAUGCAGAAAAGGAGGUGGAACAGGCCAAAGAAGCUGAACCUGAAGGUACAGCCAAGCCAAUGGACACAGACUGCGCCCCUGAAAAGCCUGGAGAAAAUGACCAAGAGCCCAAGGAUGAUACGGCACCUGCUGGGUCUGGCCCUGAUGUGGAGGCUGCAACACUGAAGGCAAAGCAGGAUGAAAGUGUUGAUUCAGAGCUCCUGGGGAAGUUGGACCUGCAGCUCACUUACCUCUGGAAUGUGCACUACAUUGAUUUUUAUGCAGGACACGAGCUUAGUGAAGAAGAGUACAGGACAGCAAAAUGCCGCAUGAUUCGUGGACCAAUGCCAGAGGCUGGGGAAAACGGAUUGAGUGAUGCUGACCAAGCGCUUUUGCAUGAACUGGAGCAGAGAAUCGAUGUGUUCUGGCAUGACCGCAUUGAUGGUAGUGACCCCCUGGAGGCGAAAGCACAGACGAAAAGAGUUGAGCAAGCGAUUGAGGAGUUCACCGAGGCGCAGGUCUAUCAGCUGGAGGACAAGAAGUGGGGAAACAAGCUCAGUACCAAGCUGUUCAUGGGGAAGGAGUUCGUCCUGAAGCACAUCCGACUGAAGCACAAGCCUGUUCUCCAGGCUGAGAGGGACAAGAUACUUGAUGAAAUAUAUUAUGAGAAUUACAAGAAGGAAGUUGAGGCUGAGGAGCAAAGGGCAGAGGAAGAGCGCAGGACAGAACAGGCCCAGCGUGAUGAGGCUGCAGAUGAGGGGGGUGACAGAUCCGAUGGCGCCCCUGGACGAGGUGGCCACAUGAGCAACUGGAACCGUAUGGGAGGAAAUAGGGGUGGCAUGGUGGAAGCACCCAUGAUGGCAGGGCCAAUGAUGGCUGGACCCAUGGGCCAGGUUCUGCUGCCUGCCCCAGGUGCUGGGCCCCUUGGCCCCUUUAUCUUGCAGCCAGUCCCUACUCCGCCAAUGGACAUGGGGCCUAUGGCCAGGCAGGACCAGAGGAGGGGAAUGCAGUAUAGUGGCCAUGUGCCCCGAGGUGGCAGUCGUGGCGGUGGCUGGGGCGGGGGUGUCAUGAUGGGGUACAAGGACUACUACGACCUUGACGCUCCCCAGAAUAACCGUGCAGUGCUGGACUAUGGUGACUUGUAA